AAACGGCCUCUUCCCUCCUAUAAACCCAUCUCAGCACCAACCGCUCCAAUGGCGGAAUUCCCCAAGCCCGCUCCCCCUCCCCCCUCGCCCCCGCCCGCCUCCCCGGAACCCCAGCUCGCCGCGCCCCGCCGCACCCACUGACCCAACCCACGCCGCGCCGCGCGCCGUGCCCUAGAUCGGGAGAUCGGGGGGAGGAGAAGAAGGGCCCGCCCGCCUCGGCAGACCGCGGCGCGAUGGUGGAGACGUCGGGCGGGAGGUGGAGGCUCCACCUCCACGGCCCGCGGCGGAGCGCGGCCGCCUUCCUCGCGGCCAACAAGACCCUGCUCGCCGCCGUGUGGGUCGCCGGGUUCACGCUCGUCUUCCUGUGGCAGAGCGCCUCCAUGUUCGUCGCCGGGGCCGGGGGCGGGCCCCGCCCGGCGCUGCCGCCGUCGCGCCCGGCCCCGCGGCUGCGCCCGAUGGCGUACAACCUGACGGACUUCGGGGGCGUCGGGGACGGGCGGACGGUCAACACCCGGGCCUUCGAGCGCGCCGUGGAGACCAUAACGGCGUUCGCCGACCGCGGCGGGGCGCAGCUCAAUGUGCCGCCCGGCCGCUGGCUCACGGGCCCGUUCAACCUCACCAGCCACAUGACGCUGUUCCUCGCCGAGGGCGCCGAGAUCCUCGGCAUUACGGACGAGAAGAAUUGGCCGCUAAUGCCAGCACUGCCAUCUUAUGGAUAUGGGAGGGAGCGCAAAGGGCCUCGUUUCGGGAGUCUAAUUCAUGGACAGAAUUUGAAAGAUGUUGUCAUUACAGGAUACAAUGGUAGCAUAAAUGGCCAGGGCGAAGUUUGGUGGUUGAAGCAUCGUAGAAGAAUGCUGAAGAACACAAGACCUCCACUUGUGCAACUGAUGUGGUCCAAGGACAUUGUUGUUACAAAUAUAACGUUGCGGAAUUCACCUUUCUGGCACUUCCACCCAUAUGAUUGUACAAAUGUUACUGUUUCGAAUGUUACAAUCUUAUCUCCUAUUUCUGGUGCUCCAAACACAGAUGGCAUAGAUCCAGAUUCUUGUGAGGAUGUCCUAAUUGAGAACUGCUACAUAUCUGUUGGUGAUGAUGCAAUUGCUAUAAAGAGUGGGUGGGAUCAAUAUGGGAUUGCAUAUGGGCGGUCGUCUUCUAACAUCUUAAUACGCAAUGUGAUAGUCCGAUCUUUGGUUAGCGCUGGAAUUUCAAUUGGCAGUGAGAUGUCAGGUGGAGUUGCAAACAUUACGGUGGAGAAUGUACACAUCUGGGAUUCAAGGCGAGGAGUGAGAAUAAAGACUGCCAUAGGAAGAGGAGGCUACAUCCGCAAUAUCUCCUACAGCAACAUAACCUUCGACAAUGUUCGUGCUGGAAUUGUGAUAAAGGUUGACUACAAUGAGCAUGCUGAUGAUGGGUAUGACAGAAAUGCCUUCCCAGAUAUCACAGGCAUAUCAUUCAAAAAAAUACAUGGGCGGGGUGUUCGUGUGCCUGUCCGUGCUCAUGGCAGCAAUUACAUCCCCAUCAAGGAUAUCACCUUUCAGGACAUGUCAGUAGGCAUCAGCUAUAAGAAGAAGCAUAUAUUCCAAUGCUCCUACAUCGAAGGGCGUGUUAUCGGGUCAGUGUUUCCAAAACCAUGUGAGAAUUUAGAUGUCUACGAUGAGCAAGGGCAGCUUCUCAAGCGUGGGGCAGUGCUGAACAGCACGGAAGUUGAUUAUGAUAUAUGAGACACACUGUCACUGAUAGGUUUUCAAUAGUGUAAGCUAGGUACUAUCAUUUUUUUUUGUUUUUUUAUCCUUUAUCUUUUUGUCGUAGAACUGUAAAUACAGAGGAGAUUCUCCUCUUCAUAGGUUUGCUUACAUUGGCUCCUUUGUAUCUCACCAAUUAUUUGGCCACCAUUCACAUUUUGUUCUUGCAAAAGGUGGAAAAGAACCUUGUAAUCAUGCAAUGUUUUGGCCUCAA